CGGUGUACAAAAUCAAGAAUAUCAAUUUUUAAUAAGUAUAUAUGAAAAUAAAGAAAUGAUUAGCUUUUCGGAACCUGAAUUUUCCUUUUUCCAUAUGAUUCGAUUCUUUGGUUCCUCUAACAAACAAACCACCUGAUUCUGAAGUUUCAAUCACCAGCUCUCUCAGUUGGGCACCUCAAAAUUCUCUCUCGCUCUCUGAUUCUGAAUUUUUAGGGCUUCUUAUCCCCCACGAAAUUGAUUCUCGAUUCUUUUUCUUUUGUAAUCCUUCAAUUUCAAUUCCUCUUCGUGAGCGCGACUCUGGUGUUGUUUCUCAUUUUUCAGGUUGAGUGCUAGUCCUACAUUGGUUGGGGCAAGUGUCUGCUAAGCACAUCUGUAUCUCCACUUAAUUGAUAGCAUUUUGGAGCUCAUAGAAGAUGGAUGACCUCAAGGAGCGGCUGCUUCCGCCGAAAGUUCCAAAACCUGCAUCUGCUAUAAACCUUCGGGAAUCAUCUUAUCGGACAUCGGCUUUUGGAAGGCAACCUUUUCACGGUGUGGAUGUUCUGGGGCUGAAGAAGCGGGGACAGGGCCUUCGGUCCUGGAUUCGUGUUGAUACGUCUGGGAAUUCUCAGAUUAUUGAGGUUGACAAGUUCACCAUGAUGCGACGUUGUGAUCUACCUGCCCGUGAUUUGCGCCUGCUUGAUCCUCUAUUUGUGUACCCCUCAACUAUCCUUGGCAGAGAGAAGGCUAUUGUAGUAAAUCUAGAGCAGAUUCGUUGUAUUAUCACGGCUGAUGAGGUUCUGCUUUUGAAUUCCCUUGAUAACUAUGUAUUGCAGUAUGUGGUGGAGCUACAGAAAAGGUUGACAACAAAUGGUGUAGGUGAUGUUUGGCAGUCUGAUGGUUCUGACAUGAGCAGGAGGAGGGGAGGUAGAAAUUUUGAUAAUGUGUUUGGGAGCACAUCUCCUGACUAUUUGCCCUUUGAAUUUAGGGCUUUAGAAGUUGCUCUGGAGGCUGCCUGUACAUUCCUUGAUUCUCAGGCAGCUGAACUGGAAAUUGAAGCUUAUCCAUUACUUGAUGAGCUUACGUCAAAAAUCAGUACACUGAACUUGGAACGUGCUCGAAGAUUGAAAAGCAGACUUCUUGCCCUGACCCGAAGAGUUCAGAAGGUUCGGGAUGAAAUAGAGCAGCUCAUGGAUGAUGAUGGAGAUAUGGCUGAGAUGUAUCUCACUGAGAAGAAAAGUCGUAUGGAGGCAUCAUUUUAUGGUGAACAAUCUGUGAUGGGGUAUAGAUCUAAUGAUGGUAUAUCUCUUUCUGCUCCUGUUUCCCCUGUAUCUUCACCUCCCGAUGGUCGAAAACUUGAGAAAAGCUUGAGUAUUGCAAGGAGUCGACAUGAAAGCAUGAGAAGUUCAGAAAGUGCUACAGAGAGUAUAGAAGAGCUUGAGAUGCUGCUGGAAGCAUACUUUGUUGUCAUUGAUAGCACCCUGAAUAAGCUGACUUCGUUGAAAGAAUACAUUGAUGAUACAGAAGAUUUCAUUAACAUUCAGCUGGACAAUGUCCGUAAUCAGCUGAUUCAAUUUGAACUGCUACUGACAACUGCAACUUUUGUGGUUGCGAUAUUCGGAGUUGUAGCAGGAAUCUUUGGCAUGAACUUUGAAAUCGCAUUGUUUGAUGACCCUGCCGCGUUUAAGUGGGUACUUGUAAUCACAGGAGUAACUGGCAUCUGUAUAUUUUCUGCAUUUGUGUGGUUCUUCAAGUAUAGAAGACUCAUGCCACUAUAGAGACGUAAAAUGAAACUUCAUUGAGGCAUUGAAAUUAGAAGAAAAUGAAAUGAUUACUAUUCUCAUUCUACCUUCUAGGUUAAGCGCAAA